AUGCCUCUUUCAAAACACAUUGACGCCGAAAAAUUGGAGCACAAGCUCUUGAAAUUGUCUACAAAGACCCCUGUCUCCGACAGAGAGGAGUACAUAUUCGACUACUCCUCCAACAAACCAGUACCAAAGCACCAGAUCCCUGUAAGAUCAAGCAACAAGGACUUGGUGCUCAAGUACAUUGAGGAGGAAUUGAGUCUUGACGGCGUGCCUACAUUGAACAUGGCGUCGUUUGUCAACACCGCUGUGGAGGAAAUCCCAUUGAAGUUGAUCACAGAAAACAUCACCAAGAACUUGGCUGAUAACGACGAGUACCCAUCUUUGCUCGAACACCAAUCGCGUUGUAUGAGCAUUUUGUCUGAUUUAUGGCAUGCUCCUAAAAAUGACGAUGGUACCACCGACACAAUUGGUACCUCGACCACCGGUUCCUCCGAGGCCAUUAUGUUGGCUGGAUUGGCAUUGAAGAAAAGGUGGCAGGAAAAGAGAAAGGCCGAAGGAAAGUCUACUGAAAACCCAAACAUCAUCAUGUCCUCCAUCGCCCAGGUGGCUUUGGAGAAAUUUGCCAGAUACUUUGAUGUGGAGAACAGAACCAUCAAUGUGAACGAGGGCUCUGAGCACGUCAUUGAUGUGAACAAGAUCAAGGAGAACAUUGACGAGAACACAAUUGGUAUUUUCGUCAUUUUGGGCUCCACCUUCACCGGUAACUUUGAGCCCGUGGAGAAGAUCAACAACUUGUUGGAUGAGGUGGAGAAGGAAACUGGCCUUGAUGUUAAAAUUCACGUUGACGGUGCUUCUGGUGCCUUUGUUGCUCCAUUCGUUUACCCAAACUUAAAGUGGGAUUUUGCUCUUCCUCGUGUGGUUUCCAUCAACACAUCUGGUCACAAGUUCGGUUUGACCACCGCUGGUUUGGGCUGGGUGAUCUGGAAACACAACGACUACUUGCCUGAGCUGUUGCGUUUCAAAUUAGACUACUUGGGUGGUGUUGAGGAAACGUUCAACUUGAACUUCUCUAGACCUGGUUUCCCUGUUUUGCACCAGUACUACAACUUCUUGACGUUCGGCAGAGAGGGCUACACCAAAAUCUUCGAUAGCUGCAUCCAGAAUGCCCGUUUGUUGUCGGAGUACUUGACCGAGAGCGGCUACUACGAGGUUCUUUCUGUCAUUCAUGAAAAGAUCUCCGACGAUGAGGCCAAGAAGAUCUUCACGCUCGACACGAAGGACCAGCUGGAGUUGGGUGAAGUGGCAGUAAGCAACCAGGGCUACCGUCCUGGACUCCCAGUGGUUGCUUUCAGAUUCUCAAAAGAAUUCCGUCACAAGUACCACAGUAUCCCCCAGUCUAUGGUGUCCCAGUUGUUGAGAAACAAGGGCUUCAUUGUGCCCAACUACAACUUGAGUGCUGACGAGCAUGACAAGGAGAUUUUGCGUGUAGUGAUCCGUCCCUCAUGCAACCUCAAUUUGCUCGAGAAACUUAUCCAGAGCAUCACCGAAAGUACAGAGCUUCUCUUGAAAGCCUACGACACCGUGAUGGAGGUAUUCAGCAAGGACCAUACUGAAGGACCUGCGACCCAGAAACAAUUGAUCCACGACUUGUUGCUUAGUAUUGCUUCCGAUGGUGUAAUUGAUAAGAAGAAGGCUCAGACCGAGCUUUUGGACAAGGAGGGCACCGGUCAUCACAAGCACAAAAAGUCAUACAGAGGUGCAUGCUAA